AUGUUUAUAUUAUUGACUUUUAGAGGCAAAGAGAUUGCUUUCACUGCCAAUACUGUUUUCAAGGCAAAGAGAUUGAUUGGCAAGAGGUUCAGCGAAGUCAUGGUGCAGGAAGACAUAAAUCUAUUAUCAUUUAGGGUCAUAAAAGGGUCUGAUGAGAUUCCAAAAGUUAUUGUAACUUACAAGGGUCAUGAACAACAAUUUUCUACCGAGGAAAUUUCAUCAAUGUUUCUAACGAAGAUGAAAGAGAUUGCAGAGGCAUAUAUUGGUGGCACUACAACAGGUUCAGUGGAAAAAAAAGUGCUUAUAUUUGAUCUAGGAGGUGGCACUUUUGAUGUCUCUCUUCUCACCAUUGAUGGAGUCGGUAAGUUUGAUGUGAAAGCUGUAGCUAGUGACACUCAUUUGGGAGGUGAGGAUUUUGAUAAUCGUAUGGUGAAUUAUUGUGUUGACGAUUUUAAGAAGAAAUGGAACAAGGAUUUGAAGGAAAAUGGAAGAGCUUUAGGAAGGUUGAAAGUUGCUUGAAUUCCCCCGGCUCCUAAAAUAGUCUCAGUUGUUGAGCAUUGCUUUGAAAAAGAUGCUGAUGGCAUUCUCACAGUUACGGCUAAAAUAGUAUCCACUGGUAAGACUGAAAAACUUUCUCUUACCAAUCUCAGUGAAAGGUUAUCAAGUCAAAAGAUUGAGAAAAUGUUAAAAGAUGCUGAGAAUUUCAAGCUUGAGGACCAAGAGUUCAAGAAGAAAGCUGAAGCAUACAAUGCAGCGAAGGAUUAG